CGCACUGUCUUCCCCCGAGCGUGAUGGCCUCCCUCUCGGCGAUCCUCACAAACAGCUCACGACCCGACCUCCUCCCUAAGACCUCUUGGACGACCUCUCACGCCCGAGUCGUGCGCUCUCUGCCCUUCGCUGCCCACGGCCUCAUGUCCAGUGCCUUCCCUUACCCCGUGGCGCCUCAGCCCCCCCGCCGCCCGAUGCCCCAAGCGACCAUGGUCAGCUUCAGAAGACCUCCUCAACGUAGGUUCUCCCGACCACCUCCUUCCUCCUUCUCCGAGGCUCCUCCCCUGGUCUACUUCCCCGACGGCGACAAGGGCGAGUGCGGGGACUUCGGGGACCCGGGCUUCAACACCUACGGCUUCGUCGGGUUCCUCUUGGGCGUCGUCAAUAUCGUGAGUCAGGAGGAAGAAAGAAAAGAGAUCUGGAGGACGAGGUCGAGAGGGAGUGGAGGGAGCGCCAUCGCCUCCAGGGCAUUUUGGACGUUGUCAAAGAGCCCUGUUGACUGCACCGAGAGGGUCGUCUGCGAAGUCAACAAAGAGGUCGUCCGCCUCGACGCUGCCAGAGGGUCAGACGAAUCUCGAGUUUUAGCGGAAGUCUUCUCCGAGAUUUUUACCUCGGCCCUCGAGAGCUGGUCUCCGGCAGCAGCUUCCUCCACCCCCACCUUAUCCUCUGCGGGGGACCAUGGCCGCUGUGAAGGCGACUGCUCAUCUUUCAGUCCUCGGUGCUCCAAGGCCUCGUGGGGCAGGAUCAGGUCAUUUUCCCAAGAGGAACUGUCCCUUGACAUGGCUUUCCUGAAGGAGGGCGAGCGUGAUCUCUUCCAGCAUGUGAAUAACAAUGUCGAAGAGUUUUCCACGUUGGGUCUUCCUGACAUUGCGACUGUCGUUUCGUUGCUCGCGGAUGAAGUGUAAUGUGUUAUGGAUAUGAGGGUUUAUCGUCGUCUUUUUCUUGUUUUCUUGUUUCUUAUUUAAUGAUUUAAUGAUGUGAUGUAUAUACUGUGUAUUUGAUUAGGUUAAGAAUCUUUAGUUUAUAUAUUUUGCAGUGUACAGUACUUAUAAUCUAGCGUAAAAUUUCAUGAAUAGAUAUUCCAUAUCUAAUGUUUCACUACAUACGAUGACUGGCACAAAAUAUGAUUGUACAGAUCAAUUUGCAGAGUAAUGGAUGUCACCUAAUGCAGUUUCCCAUUUUUCUCCUCUUGUUAUUUUCAUUUCAUCCCUCUGUCUUACUCUGGCAAGGACACAAUGCCAUGAUAAUGUAGUGGCACAAAAGAACGCAAAAAACAAAUCAAGUUCAUUGGGAAUGAGAAAAAAGCUGAUUGACAAUCAUGAUCUUCAUUUGCUUAUUGAUUCAGAUCAGGGGCUCCUUAACACACAGCUGUAACUUUGAAGAGGAGCAGAGACCCAAAGGGGAAGAAAAUUCUCGUAUUGUACUUAGAAUACUUUUAACUGGUGAUACUGUGUAUGUUUGCUGCUAAUACAGAAUUCUUUGUUUAAAAGAAUAAAUAAAUUAAAAACA